AGCGCGGCGGAACCGGGACGGGAGCGGCGGCCGGGGGGGGGGGCCGGGAGCCGAGAGCUCAGGUCCCCUCGGGGACGGGGACGCUGGGCUGCCACCAUGGCCCAGGCUGUCACCUGGCUCAAGAGGCUGCGGGGGGCCGGGGAGCGCCCGCAGCUUGCGGGGGCCCUGCUGAGCCCCCCCAGGGAGACGCUGUUCCGGCAGGAGGCAGCCGGCGGGGUCACCUACCGCAUCCCCGCGCUGCUCCACGUCCCCCCCGCCACCUUCCUGGCCUUCGCCGAGAAGCGCUCCUCCACCCGCGACGAGGACGCCGAGUACCUGGUGCUACGGCGGGGCCUCCGCAGAGGCCACACGGUUGAGUGGGGACCCAUGGAGGAGCUGCCGGGGCUGGCGCUGCCCGGCCGCCGCACCAUGAACCCGUGCCCGGUCUACGAGGCGUCGAGCGGCACCGUCUUCCUCUUCUGCAUCUGCGUGGAGCGGCGGGUGACCGAGUGGCACCAGAUCCUGGUGGGACGCAGCGCCGCGCGCCUCUGCUGCGCCGCCAGCCGCGACGGGGGCCGGAGCUGGAGCGCGCUGCGGGACGUCACCGACGAGGCCGUCGGCGCCGACCUGCCCCGCUGGGCCACCUUCGCCGUGGGGCCGGGCCACGGGGUGCAGCUGGCCUCGGGGCGCCUGGCCGUGCCCGCCUACGCCUACUACGUGCACGGGCGGCUCUGCGGGCUGCCGCUGCCCUGCUGCACCCGCCCGCACGCCUUCAUCUUCUACAGCGACGACACAGGACAGAGCUGGCACAAGGGCUCGCUGCUGCGGGGCAUGCGGACGGGCGAAUGCCAAGUGGCCGAAAUUGGCUGCGGGGACCGGGGGACGUUGUUGUACUGCAGUGCCCGCACGCCGUGCCGCUGCCGGGCCGUUGCGCUCAGCACCGACCGCGGGCUCCGCUUCGGGCUCCCGGCGCGAUGCCCGGCGCUGCGCGAGCCGCCGCAGGGGUGCCAGGGCAGCGUGGUGAGCUUCGCCGCGCCCGACGGUGCCGAAGACACCCAGCACUGGCUGCUCUACUCCCACCCCACCGACCAUCGGCGCCGCCGCGACCUGGGCAUCUACGUCAACACCGCGCCGCCGGAUGGGGCAGGCUGGAGGCACCCGUGGGUGCUGCAGGAGGGACCCUGUGGGUAUUCCGACCUGGCUGCGUGCCCCAAAGGCAUCUUCGGGUGCUUGUUUGAGUGCGGGGCCACCAGUGCCUGCGAGGAGAUCGCCUUCUGCCUCUUCGCCCUGAGCACCGGCGGCGGUGCCGAAGUGCCGUGCCAUGGGAACGGACCCGUUUUAGAGGUUUUGUCCCCAAGGGAUGGAGGCGACAGCGGGGAGACCUCGGAGGAAAUUCUUCUGGACGCGACCCCGGAGGAGGAGAAGCGGGGUCGUGCGGCUUUUAAUUGACGCGUUCGUUUUUUUAA